AUGGUGAGGGUACUGUGUCUUGUGUGGCUCAUCUUCCUGCAGCUGUCGGACCAAGUCAAGCGACACAGGUCAGCCCGCCCAGCGGAAACACAUGUUCCUGAAGGAGGCGGAAGCAAGGACCCUUUCAUGCCUGGCAGCUGGGUGCCAAAGCUUGCGUCAAAGGCCAAGGCCAGCAAGGCCAGUGAAGGCAAGAGCCAGACCGCAGAUCGAGAGAGCGCGCAGAACGGAGACCUUGAGACUGAGAGCCUCAAGAAGGAAGAAGAUACUGUCUCAGAGGCUGUCCAAGACACGGUGCCGUCCCCGCACGGCGAGACAAGCCUCCGCCCAGCGUUUCCAACCCUCACUGAACUUCAAUCUCAGGUCGACAGGCAGCUUCUUCACGCUACCUGUCGCAAUCACUGGCAGGUGCUGGAGGAAAACAUCAAGCUCUCCCGGGAUCUCAGGAUGGCCCGGGCGGAGCUUGAAACUGGAGAGAUGCGAGAAUGUUGGCAGGAGGAGGUUGAGUUCUGGAAGAGGGAAGUCAUGAACCUGGAGGCAGAGAUACAGGAACAGAGAAAAAACGAAGAAGAGGUCACGGAAUUGACAAGCUCUGCAAAGGUGGCUGAAGUGCCGACGGAAGUUCGCAGUGAGGUUGUCGCUCUUUCCAGGGCAGAGCGCGAGCUAGCAGAGCUUGCACGAGAGCAGGCGCGAUGUGAAGCUGCUGCGAAAGAGGUCGAAGGGCGCAACGCCACCCUGCGGCGAAGCUUGAAGCAGAGUGGGCUGGAACGAGGUGGUGCAGCACGUCUUUUCGUCAACGCAUUGCCGGCCCUAGAUGCACAAGCUGUUGAGGUCGCCAGAACAGCUGUGAACGUGCACAUGCAAAAGAUGAAGUUGCAGAGCCAAGCUGCGAAGUCUUGA